GUCUCUCUAAAUCAUGGAAUAAAACUGUGUGAUGUAUCUGAAAUGUAUUUUUAUGCAUAAGUUUAAGUUCUAAAUUGUAAUUAAUGAUAACGGAUAUUUAUGUGAGUGUUCUUUAAGUUCUGACCAUCAAUUCAUUGGAAAGUUGAUAUGGCAUCCAAGCUUUAUUGUGAAUGGAUUUUAUUGGAUAUUUAAGUGCCAAAUAGAUAUGCUUAAUUGCUGAAAUCAUUGAAUAACUUAUUCUUUGAGCAGUGGAUUCAUGGACAUGAUUUCAACAGAUGUAGAACCCAGAAAAAAUGGAUUUACUCUCAUUUUGACAAAGAGAACUUCAAGCUAAAUCAUGGAAGAAUCCGUUGUAAAUGAAGAUGGGGAGAGUGUGUCAAAAGAGAAAAUUUCCCCUAAAAUUACGCGACCAAAAUUGCCAAAAUUUAGUAGCCAUACUUUGGGUCAUGUCAGACAUAAAACAGAUCCAGGGAAAGCCGUGGAAAUUAAAAACUUGAUGGAAGAAAUUAAGAAAUGGAAAGAUGGAAGUGUUUUUGACAAGUCUAUCCGCCCGAAGAUUAUUAAACCUCAGACUAUACCAAAGGCUCAUUCGACCCAGACCUCACCUCGAGCUUCGCCCCCACCUGGAUCACCAAAUUUUGGGAACAGAGGCUCAAGUUUAAACCGAAAUAGAAGCAGAAGUUUGAAAUUACUUACAGACAAAUUAAAAAGCCCUCGUGGAGGGACUAAAGAAACUUUAAGUCCAAAUAGUAAAAUACCAAAAAUGAGGGAUGAAAAUAUGAGAUCAAAAAGUGCUGAUGCAUCAUAUAAUAAUGCACCACUCUUUCCUGAAAAUAUAAGUCAGACACCUGAAGAAGGAAGCGAUAUGUCAAAGGAAGUAAUGACUUGCAGUGUCGAAAGUGAUAAGGUAGGAACUGUGGAACCAAUACCUGAAAAAGAUGAAAGAGAUGAGGAAGAUGAAAAAUGUGAUAGAGGAUCAACAUCGUCAUGUGAUACAGUAGGAACACCGGAAAAAGCUAGUCAGAAAAUGGAAUUUAAACCAGCUAGGGAUUCACCAAGACCGGGUGAAGAGGACAAUACUGUAAUGUCUGAUAGUGACACACAAACGACACAUGUCAGUACAUAUACCUUACAUCCAAUUGAUAGGAACUCUGAAUUCUUGAGAUUACGACAAACCGCUCCACCAAAGCGGCGACCUGGUUACGCAGGUUUAUCACUGCCAAAGACUAAAAUACCUCCAUUAUUAAAAUUUCAGACAGAUGACACAAAAGAAGGUACGGAUGAAAAUUCUUUAAGAAGAGUAUCUUCUGUUAAUGAAGGAAGUCCUAAAAAACCAAAUAGAUUAGAUUUAUUGACUUUAGGGGGAAGUGUGCGGAAGUUAUCAACUCCAAUAUUUCCAUCUAAAAGAGAUGAAUGUAAGUUGGAUUUAGCUGGAUAUAAUAUAUUCAGAAGUCCUACUAAGGAAAGUCCGCCAUCUUUAAUGGGGAAUGAGACAGUGUCGUCUAGUGAUAAUGAGGUUCCAACAGAAAUUAAAGAAACUUUAGAAGAAGGUAAUAAGAUUGAAGAAGAGGGAACAACCCCUGAACCUGUUGAACAAGUCGUUGCAAUACCAACUGAAACUGAAUCAGACAAACUUGAGAAAAGAAACAGUAGAUCACCUAAGCAGAAAUCAAAAAGUGAUCCAAGUGGGAAUAAAAGUUUUAAUUUCGAUGUAUCAGGUGUUAUUAAUUCUUGUCAAAGUCAAAGCUUUCCACUUUUGCAAAAGGAUAAAGUUGAUGAUUCUGUUAUGGAAAAAGAUGAAGAACAAAAUAUUGAACGGGAAAAUGAAAAUGUAGUUAAUGCUGAUAAAGAACCAAGUGAUCUAGAUGUAUUAAAUAACAAUCAAAGUGAAGAUUCAGAGCAGCAAGGAAGUGUGAGCUUUAGUGAACCAUUAACUUCAUGUUCAGAAACAGAGCGGUCUGGAAGUAUGUCAGAGGAUAUUAUAUUCUCGCCACAAAGUGAUAUGUCAGAACCUUUUGAUGAACUUGGAUAUCAAAGUGCUGAGGAAACCUUGCCACAGGCUGGUAUGUAUGAGGCACCUCAGCGACUAGAAUCAGGAGGUAUGUCUCCUGUUCAAGAACAUGAGGGUGAUGAUCAUGAAGGAAUUGAAUUAGCUACUUCAACGUAUUCUUAUGGUUCAGAAAGUUCAACUUCAACACCAGUUAGCUAUUCACCUACGGGUAUGUUAGAAAAACCAAAUAACUUACUUAGUGUUCCGUCACCAAAACGUCCAAUUGCUAGAAGUGUGAGUUCAGCGAGUGUAUUACAGCGAGAAAGAAAAUAUAGUUCAAGUAAGGAUAAAGAUUCUGGUAGAAAACAUUCUUUAACAACUGUAGAGGAUGGUGCACAAGCUGAUACUAAAACAAUGGAUUUUUUACCAAUCGGAGACAGUGGAAAUAUCAUGGCUAGUAGUAUGCCAUCAGUAUGGAAUACUGAUCGUCACCCGUCUGUAUCACCAGAAAGGGACUCUCAAUAUGUAAAGGAUAAAAGAUACCAUAUUGUUGAAGAGUUGUACAGAAAUGAGAGAGAAUAUGUGGAAGCACUUAAAAUGCUGAAAGAGCGUUAUAUGGACCCAUUAAAGACAGUAUCUGGAAUAGAUGAGCGUGUUGUAGACAACAUAUUUUACAUGAUUCCAGAGAUUCUUACCCACCACCAGAUAUACCUGGAGUUCCUUAAUCAAGUGUGGACCCGCUGGAAUACUGAUACCAGUACAGUUGGUGAUAUUAUACUGAAAACUUUUUCUGGUCAGACAGUGCAGGACAGUUACCUAUCAUUUGUAGAGAAUUAUAAAACGUCUGGUAAAGUUAUAGAGAACGCAUUACAAACCAAGUCCUCCGUCCAAAAGUUUGUUGAGCAAUGUCAGAAGGAGAGUGGUAGUAAAUUGUCCCUGAAAGAUUUAAUUGUUCGUCCAAUACAGAGAAUUCCAAGAUAUGAACUCCUGAUUCAGAGGUUGCUGGUCAACACUGCAGGGGAUCAUCCAGAUUAUAGCCUACUUAGAGAAGCAGAGAGAGCCAUGCACGAGUUUGCACGGAAAAUUAAUUCUCUAAAUGAGACACAGACAGAGGACAGUCAACAAGAAACUCUGAAAAAACUUGAACUUUUACUCAUUACUGAUCUGGCUGUACCAGACAGAUCCUACCUCAGGCAUGAUAUGGUCAACAUUAUGAAUAAGAAGGACCAGUGUUGUAUUUGGAUGUUCUCAGAUCUUAUCAUUAUUAGUAGUGUGAAAAGGAAAAGUGGGCCAGUCACUCGUAAAGUCUCCAUAAUAUUGAAAUCCCCAACAGGUCAAGAUUUUGCAGAGAAUGUAAAGCAUAAAGUAUGGCUGAAAGUUGGUCUAGAUGAUAUUGAAAUUGUGAAAAAUCAGGAAGCUUUGAAGAAAACAACAACACUUGAUAAGGAACAGAUUGAAGAAGAUUUAGAUAUACUAGAGAUGAUUCAAGAUCUUACUAAUAAACUUAAUUGUAGUCAUGCUAGUAUGAAUGAUGUAAUAAAAGAGAUGACACAGUCUAUGAAGAAACAGUUAACAGAACAUAAUUUAUGUGAGGCCCUUCAAGAUUCUACCAAGAUGGAACUUAUUGUAACCACACAAGAGGGAGUAUUAAACCUGGAGGUAAAUUUUACCACUGGAGAGAAGAGAAGUAGUUGGGAGACCACAUUCCUAGAUGCCAAACAAAAACUUUCACUGCUAUCUGACAAGCGGGCAGCUGAGUUCCUACAGCCAUUACAGAUCACUAAAACAAGGGCUGGAAUGCAGUUUUCCUGUGCAGCACCUAUUGAUGGUGUAAAUUCAAGUGGUUAUAGAGAUGUAUGGGUGUGUAACAGUGAUGGUUAUGUAGGUCACAUGUGCUUACUGAGUCUACAACCAGAACCCAUCGUAACAUUAAACACCCCUGUCCCAGGAUGCAAUGCUAGAAUAUUGUGUAUAGCUGCUGUACCGGCACAUGCUCUACUACGAAGGAAGAGCAGUGCUAAACAGCGAUAUAUUCAUAAUCCUCCCUCACCUACAUGUGAGGGCCCUCGUAUCAGUAUUGAAGAAGUAGACAUAGAUGAGGACGGGAACCUGGCUGAGCUAUCGGAACCAGGGGAAAAUGUCAGUGAGGACGGGUACCAGUCAGACUCUAGUUCCAGUGAGGAAACCGAUGAUGAAUUUAUUUCAACAAGAAAACUGUUUACUGAAGCUGAGGAAGAACCUAAGAGAUCCACACCUACUAAAAUGACAGGAAACCCCGAGUCUUUCACUACCACUGGUUCAUGGACCCAAAAUCCUGCUAAAUCAACAAUGUGGCUGGGCACUGAAGAUGGCUGCAUCCAUAUAUUCCAGUGUACAGACAAUAUUAAAACUACAAAGAACAAACUUAAAAUUCAGCUUGGCUAUCCUAUAUAUUGUAUACUUUACCUGGACAACAAGGUGUUUGUUUCAUUAUCAAAUGGUGAUCUCAUGGUUUACAGAAGGGACUCAGAAGGGACAUGGGAUUCAGAAAAUCCAUAUACUCGUGCAAUAGGCAGUGUGACUGCCCCUAUAGUAAAGAUGUUAGCUGUAGCUGGGAAAUUGUGGUGUGGCCGUCAAAACAACAUCUGUGUGAUAAACCCACUCACUCUUAGUGUUGAGCAAACAUUUCAAGUUCACCAAGAUAGUAAUCGUUGUGUUCAGUGUAUAGUGAAUUGUGGUCAAGGUGUAUGGAUAGCGUCACAGAGUAGUGCCAAAGUUGUACUGUAUCAUGCUACCACAUUUGAAUUUCUCCUUGAAGUCAGUAUAGCACAAGCAGUCAACCAGAAACUUCAAGCGGCUGAUGAUAUCAUAAGGCAGCAUAAGGCAGCUUGUUUACGUAUAACAGCUCUGCUCGUAUGUAAGGACUUGUUGUGGAUCGGAACCAGUGCUGGUGUCAUACUCACUAUACCUAUUCCAAAAAUAACUUCUACAACCACCAGGGGGAGCCUUUCAAUACCAAAUGUCACAGGUCUUGUGUAUGGACAUACAGGACAUGUAAGAUUCCUUACAUGUGUUGAAAUGGCAAAUUCUAAUGUGCCACCAUUAUUGGCAGGUAGUCAUUCUAGAUCAGACAGUGCUAAUAAUAACACACGAGAACCUGACGCUCCGUCACCGCAGGAUCUUAAUAAACGACGGUCGUCAGUGGCAACAAUGACCGCCGCUCUAGCUACACGUAUGUUAGUUAUAAGUGGCGGAGACGGUUAUGAAGACUUUCGAACAAACGUUGUUAACGAGGCAGCUGGAAAAGAUGAUAGUACAAAUCAUUUAUUAUUGUGGCAAGUCUGAUAGCAUUCUAUGUUUUAUAUGGAAUAGUGAUUUUGUGUUCAAGGAAGGGAGAUGUUUGUGCAUGUAUUUGGUGCAGUCAGCAAAAACAAAGACAGUAUUCAAUGGGCAAGGGAGAUAACUGAGAAGAUCUGAUCAAGGUUGGAAAGGUGCUGAAUUCUUGUAACAUAUUAUUCCUUUUGGAUUGCUAUUUUUGAGUGAUAUGAAGAGUUGGUCAAUAUUGAGGAUUUAAAAAGUAAAACAUUUUGAUGAACAAAAUUUGAUAACUGCUCUUGCCAACUGAUUUGUUUGUCAUAUAGAAUGUCAAUGAAACCAGAAAAAAAUAAAAGCAGCCAAAUAUAAGGUCAGAUGAUCCGAUAUGGCUACAUGACUUGACGAGGCUGUCUGACAUAUAAAAAUACAAUACAGAACAUUUAUUCAAUAAUUUACAUAAGAGAUUUAAAAGAAACUUAAUUAAUGGAGGAUAGUAUGUUAGCAGUGGUGUUACGGAUUGUAGUCAUAUCAUUGUGCCGAUACCAUGUGACUUUUAACAUCUCAUUGUCAUAAAACAGUAAGUGUAAAAUUGUAGACAAGUCAUUUAUGUCUUGAAAAUCCAUGUAAAUUCUGUUUAUCUUUAAUAAAUAUAUCAAAACUGUG